AGAAGAAGAGCAGCAGGAGGGUCACGCUGCAGCUGAAGGGUUGAAAGGUUGCGGGGCAGUUUCAUCAUUUCUGAGCGCUUUUAGGAGAAGCUGGGCUUUGAGCUGUUUUAUCCGCUGUGAAUAUGCUGAGGUCUGUGGUUUGGCGGGCUGGCAGUGGCCUUGUAAAGCACUCGCGACAGACCGUCCCGGUCCUCUGGGGGACGCGGGCUCAGCAGCGUUGGGCCUCCAGCCUCCCCAUGAACACAGUCGUUCUCUUCGUCCCACAGCAGGAGGCGUGGGUGGUAGAGAGGAUGGGACGCUUCCACCGGAUCCUGGAGCCGGGGUUGAACUUCCUAAUACCAAUACUGGACAAAAUCCGAUAUGUGCAGAGCCUAAAAGAGAUUGUGAUAGAUGUGCCAGAGCAAUCCGCUGUAUCUCUUGACAAUGUGACACUCCAGAUUGAUGGAGUUUUAUACCUCCGGAUACUCGACCCCUUUAAGGCCAGUUAUGGAGUGGAGGAUCCAGAAUAUGCAGUGACCCAGCUGGCACAGACCACUAUGAGAUCAGAAUUAGGAAAACUCACUCUGGACAAAGUCUUUAGGGAGAGAGAGUCCCUGAAUGCCAACAUCGUGCACUCCAUCAACCAGGCGUCAGAUGAGUGGGGAAUUCGCUGUCUGCGAUACGAAAUUAAGGACAUUCACGUUCCCCCACGUGUUAAAGAGUCCAUGCAGAUGCAGGUUGAAGCAGAGCGAAGGAAAAGAGCCACAGUUCUGGAGUCUGAGGGAACAAGGGAGGCGGCUAUAAACGUAGCAGAAGGUCGCAAGCAGGCUCAGAUUCUGGCUUCUGAGGGACAGAAAGCGGAACAGAUCAACAAAGCUGCAGGUGAGGCAAAUGCUGUGCUUGCCAAAGCAGAAGCUAAAGCAAAGGCCAUUAGACUACUGUCUGAAGCGCUGACACAGCAGAACGGAAAUGCUGCUGCGUCCCUUAGUGUGGCGGAGCAGUACGUCUCAGCUUUCUCCAACCUGGCCAAGGAGUCAAACACCAUCAUCCUGCCCUCCAACACAGGAGACAUCUCCAGCAUGGUCACUCAGGCAAUGGCUAUUUAUGGCAGUUUAGCCAAGACACAAAAUCCCAAACCGCUGGAGAAUGUGGCUGCUAUACCUGCAGAAGCUGAGCUGGAGGAGAAAGCAGUGCCUGAACUCUCAGCACCUCAGUCCACUUCCAGCCAUUAGCUCACAUAGUCUAACUCAGUGAUUUCAGCCAAGGCCCAGAUACAAACCUCGGAUCCAGUCACUGAUCCUGGACCGGACUGACACAUGCACACCCAUAAGGAGAUAUUCCAUUCCUGCGGAGAGUCCUACAGAAGGACGAGAGAGACUACUCACCCUUACAGUACUGGUUGUAGGCUGAGAGUGAAUGAAGAAGAUGAUCACAGUGGCUGUUUCUGCUUUAGGGAUGGCAGUAACUGGAGUAGUUUUUGUUUUCUCUGUGUGUGUGUGUGUGUGUGUGUGUGUGUGUGUGUGUGGGUGUGUGCUGUUCCCUUUUUGUACCAUUUUUAUUUUGGGAUAUUUGAAGUAUGUUGCAUUUACCCUUCUGCUUUAAACCCAUGUUUCUGUCAGAAGAUAGAAAAUAUACAUAUUUACAGAUGACUGCAUUGUGUGAACCCUAUUAUUGUUUUUUUCAGCACUGUAAAACAGUAGGUAUUGAUAUUAAAUCACUCAUUAGGGAAAGUAAAUUAGAUCGGUUUUCAAAAUUUUUGCCCCUAUUAAAGGUGUCACAGAUUUAAUUAAAGGGAAAUUCCACCAGUUUUCUUAAAUUUGUUACAUGGUUAAGCUGUAAACAGAGUCGUUCAGAGUGGUUUGGUGUGAAAUGCUCCAUUCUAGAGAAGCGUACCGCAUCAGAAUUGUUCACGUGGUGGUGAUAGAGCUGUAGUUUCUCUACAGUCAACCACAUUAAACCGCUUACUUUGUUUACAUCUCCACCACUGAAUAACACACAAGUCUAGAAAAAUAAGUGGAAUUAUCCUUUAAGGCUAAUUACACUCAGAAACAAAUCUAUUUUUAUUAUUUUUGUAUAGUCAUUUGAAGUGUUUGUAAAAGAUUUCCCCCCUCAUACACUGAAACUUUAAACUAUCCUACAGAAAAGACCUGUGAUCAUUUUAAAGAUAUUCAAACCCCUCUUUCACUCAUUGGUAAUGUUUGACUUGUUGGCUAGUUGUUGGGAGACUUUACAUUUAAUCUUUUUUAGGGCCUCCAAAGGAAAAGCAGACACUUCUACUGUAUGUUAAAAUAAUAACACACUGUCAAUAUUGUCUUAUGCUGACCAUCCUUUAGUCAGCUUUUCUUUAUGUUAAAAUGGCACUAGGUAACCUGUAAUUGGGGAAAUAUAGUAUAAACUAAUAUAUUUAAAUAUACUAGUUUUGGAUGAACGUCUUUAGUUGCCUACUUGCAUAAGAUCUCAAAUAAAAAAUGUAAACUAAACAUUAGUGGUGCGUAUAAGCCAGAUCUAGUCCUAAAAUCUGAUUGGCUGAUCUGCUGUAAAAAAAAAACAAAAAACAAAAAAAAAUGCAAUAUACAUACAACU